GAACAAACGACAGACCCGAACUAUUUUCGUUGAUUUCCGCCAAUUUUCGUAUCAACAGCCAACAGGACCUCAAUGGCCGUCGCAGGUAAAUUCCUCGGAGUUUUUACCAGUUUUUCAUUCUAUCACUCCAACCUGAAGCUAUUUUCCAAAGAUUUCUCUCGCAUUCGGGAAAGCAUUUUUUUUGCGUGUGAUCAAAAAACGAGAAAAGUAUUACGACAGGUGGGACAACAGUAAAAAAACAUGGGCGAUCCGGUCGAUGUCGUGAAAAUAGAGGAUAUACUAUCUAAAACCGAACACCACGAUUCUUUGGCUUCAUGCGGAACAGUAAGCGACACCCUGAUAAUACCGGAGAUGGUAGAUAACGUCGAAGUUAAUAAAGAUGGAUAUUUCACACACAAUGGACAUGUCUUAGAAAUCAUGAUGGACUACGAGUGCGUCACAUGUCAUCGCGUUUUCCAGACUAAGGAUAUGCUGACAGAGCACUUGGAAGUAUGCAGAGAAGAAGACGAUAGUACGCACCUUUUAGAUUUAGGAAACCUCGAUGGUUAUUACGAUUCUGAUGAGGAAGAUGCUGACAAUCCAAAAUAUCGACUUUCCGAUGAUAGAUCUUCUGAUUCAGAAGGAAAGAACAAUAACGUGAAGCCGAGUAUAAAACCUGUAUCGGAAAGUCAGUGCCACUGUUGUGCCGAAGAUUUAAAAACUGCACACAGCGGUGGUCCAUAUAAGUGUGACGACUGUGAUCUUUCCUUCAAAAAAUCAUCAUCUUUGCAAAGGCACUCCAUUAUUGUUCAUUGGGAGCGGGAAAAUGUUUCCUGCAGCGAAUGUAAUGCCACUUUCCGGGACAAAAAAGCAUUGGAUAAACACCGAUAUACCACCCAUUCUACCACCAAAGUUUACAAAUGCGAACGUUGUGAUAAAUAUUUUUCAAGAAGUUACCACUUAAAUCGACACAAACUUCAAUCUGGAUGUCAUGGAAAAAUACAAAACACAUUUUCCUGUCAGGUUUGUAAGAAAGUCUUCACACGCAAAGACAAUUUGCGAGAACAUGUACGAUCUCACAUGGGUAAACCACAGAGACAAAAAAAACGAUGUUCGCACUGCCCAAAAGAAUUUUAUACGGCCCAGCAGCUUGUCGUUCAUGAGCGAAUGCACACGGGAGAAAAACCGAUCCAAUGCGAUUUGUGUACAAAAACUUUCAACUCAACCCUCGCUAUGAAGAAACACCGACGAGUUCACACUGGCGAAAAGCCGUAUGAGUGCAAAUUUAGGGUGCCUUCAGUUGUACCCCUCCAGAAGUCAUCUGUCGGGAUAGGAAGUAUGUUACGCCAGAGGAGACUCGAAACUAAAUGGGGUGAAGGUCUAGUUAAAGGAGUAGCGCCUCAGGGGUGUCCACAGGGGGGUGUCCUGUCGCCCCUCCUGUGGUGCAUAAUAGUGGAUGGUCUCCUGCGUAGGCUUAAUGAAGAGGGGUAUUAUUCUCAGGGAUAUGCGGAUGACUUUGUAAUCCUAGUUAGGGGGGCUCAUCUGGAAACCUUGAUGGGCCUUACAAGGUCGGCGCUGCGCAUUGUGGAGCUCUGGUGCGAUAGCUUAGGGCUCUUGGUGAAUCUGGAAAAGACCAAAAUGGUUAUUUUCACGAAGAAUUACAAGAUGCCGAAGGUUGUCGCUCCUGUUUUCUGUGGCGGGAGGCUGACGUUCUCAGACUCGGUUAAGUAUCUGGGAGUCAUCCUAGAUAGCAGACUGAGCUGGGCGAAGCACCUGGAGACCCAAUGCAGGAAUUUCGUCAUGACUUUAUGGAUGUGUAGGAGAGCUUUUGGGUUGACGUGGGGAAUAGGGCCCAAAAUGCUUGCAUGGCUCUGCUCCGCAGUUCUUAAACCGAGGUUCCUUCAUGCGGUUGUGGACUGUUGGCCACGGGCAAAACUCAAAACGAUGCACACGCGAUGGGCCGCCUGGGCUUUCCGCGUCUACAGCCCAAGUAGGGAUGCGUGGAAAGAAAAUGGUAACCCACUCCUCCAAGGGGAAAUCUGGUAUACGGAUGGCUUAGGGGGGGGGGCAGUAGCGGGAAUUCAUGACAGGGCAAGGAGGAGGGAAGUGGUAGUCCCGCUUGGGAGACAUGCUACUGUCUUUCAGGCGGAGGUCCUUGCUGUUCUUCGAAGUGCUGAGAUAUUAUUAGAGGAAAACGCGGCUGGGAGACAGAUUACGAUCUGUUCGGACAGCCAAACGACACUAACUGCAGUGGGAAAACCAGAUAUAAUAUCUGAACUGGUUUGGGAAUGCAAAAAGGCAUUAAACCGACUUACAGAAAAGAUUAAAGUGGCUCUCAUACGGGUCCAUGGCCAUACAGGGAUCAAGAGCAACCAGAAAGCGGACCAGCUGGCAAGAAGCGGUGCGGCAGGUGAAUACAUAGGGCUGGAACCGGUACUGGGUUUAGCGUCUUGCUGCAUCGGUCUUGCCAUAAAAAGCUGGAUCCGCACUAAGCACCGAGAAUACUGGGAGCAGGUCCGGGGUUGCCGACAGACGAACUCUAUCCUGGGCUAUACGUGCAGAAUGGACAGAGCCAGGGAAAUCUUGGGCUUGCCAAAGAAAGACAUUUUUGGUUGGCCGACUGAACCAGUUCAAGAUAUUCUCGAAGCGGUGAUUAGAAGAUGUGGCCACCAACCUUUAACUGGAGACAGCGAUUUGCCUUUCGCGGAAAGACUGAGAGAAAACGUGAAGCUCCUCUUCACCGUCGUCAUCGACGAUGCCAACGUCAAAUCCCUCCUUACGACGCAAACUGUCGACGAAGUCAUUCUCCAUGUACUCAAACUUUCUAAGGAAUACGACCAACAGAAACAGGAAUAAUACACAUCACAAUCCCACGGAGUAAAAACAUUUCCCAGCGGAUCUUGAGUUUUGACUCCUUUAUCAUUUAUAUUUUGAGAACGUUCUCAGUCAUAUUUUUAAAAGUAAAUCAUUUUCAACUUUCAGUUUGUGCAUAAUUCUUAAAAACGUUAUCACACGGAAAUUCCACAUAAUGUAAAAUUCCGGCAUUGUUUAAGGGCGUUGUUGACAGUUUGUUACGCAGUAUUUUUAAAGAUUUUCGACCUUUUAUGAAAAACCUGAAAGCUUCGGCGCAUUGAUAGGACUUCAGUCAUUUGAGCAGCAUCGCAUUUAAAGAUUAUAAAUCGUUUGUCAUUUUUUUACUGCCGUUUUCGAGUGUGAAUUAAUUGUGUGAAGAAAAAAUUUUAAAUUAGGGCCACUCCAUGAAUGAUCACCUGAAACCGAUUGCGCUCAAAUUUUAGAAAAAAAUUUUAAUUCGUCUAAUUAUUUCUUAUAUUUCUAGAUUCGAUUCGUGUAUUUUAAGAAUAAUAAAUUAUUUUUAUUAAGCCAGAAAAAAUUGUUAACAUGUGGACGUUCAAAAAAUGGCGAUAGCGUGUAAUUUUUUUUAAAGAUUUAAACACUAAAGUUACUUGUUUAAAAUUAAGUAGAAGGCAACGUGCGAUCAGGGAUGAUUUAAAUUUA